AUGAAAUUAGAAUCAUAUCCAGGCAUCGUCCCCGAGUCUAUGAACAUCGUGAUUAUGACUUUGAUAGCCUUCCAAUGGCAUGGGAUUGGCGAAACGUGGAUGGAGUUAACUACGCCUCCGUGGAUCGUAACCAACACAUUCCACAAUGAGGUAACCGAUGAAGAUAUCGAUCACAUCAUCUCAGUUCAUGGAUGGGGUGUCGAUCAUGACAGUGGUGUAGAGUACUGGAUUGGACGAAAUUCAUGGGGUACGCCAUGGGGUGAACAGGGCUGGUUCCGCGUUGUUACAUCUGCCUACAAGAAUGCUGGAAGUAAAUACAAUUUGAAGAUCGAAGAAGAUUGCGUGUGGGCGGAUCCUAUUGUGUAA